AUCAUGGCACCGCCCUGUUACAAAACCAAUAUUGGCCAAUAGAGGCGCUGUUUCCUCCCGAGCUGCUGUGCACAGCGUCGCAGGCGGAAGGCCGCCAACCGACCGCUGCCUGCUUAAAUCCCAAACCGAACUGCGUAGCACCGCGCCACUACACAAACCUGGACUUCACCGCCAGCUCGUCCAAAACAUCUACUAAGGAAUGACGGCGGCCUGCAUUUGUCCUUUCUUCGACAAGAACAAGAUGUUGAACUAUAGCCAAGCGUGCGCCGGCGCCAGCAGCCAAGUCAAUUCGAGCCGCUACAAGACCGAGCUGUGCCGGCCUUUCGAGGAGAACGGAUCUUGCAAGUACGCUGACAAGUGCCAGUUUGCCCACGGCAUGCACGAGCUGCGCAGCCUUACCCGUCACCCCAAGUACAAGACUGAGCUGUGUCGCACCUUUCACACCAUUGGAUUCUGCCCGUAUGGCCCCCGUUGCCACUUCAUCCACAACCCUGAGGAGCGCCGCGGUCCCCCGCCCCUUUCCGCCUUCAACAAGAUGGGGUGCUCUCGCCUACAGCACAGUUUGAGCUUUGCGGGCUUCCCCAGCCCCGGCGGCUCACAAGACAGCCCCACCUUGGUCACCCCGCCUCCCAAUCGCUCCACUGAAGACCUGACCGAGUGGUCCGGCAAUCCCUUCAGCUACUCUAGCCAGGAGAUUGCCAGCCUGUUUGGCCCCAGUUUGGGGCCCCCACCUGUUUGUGAGCCCCAGCCUCCGGCCCCACUUUCCCCCACAAUCCCCUGCUUUUUUCACCCAGCCUCAGAUGGCCCCCCGAGUCCCCUCAACUCUUUAUCUGACCAGGAGGGUUACCAGAGCAGUCUGGGCAGUCAGAGUGGCUCGGAGUCCCCCCUCCUGGAUGCAUCCCGCCGCCUACCCAUCUUCAGCAGGCUCUCUGUUUCUGAUGAGUAAACUUAAUUGCUUUAUGGAGUGAAGUGAGGAAGAGGAAGACCGCUCACUCCUCAGCUCUGUUUACACAAGAACUCGAAUCACAAUAUCAGAUGCCUUUUGAAAAUCAGAAUUUUUUUGGUUUCCUAUCCCUUUCAAUUGCAGUCAGGUCUCGUUAACAAAAUGAACAACGACUAAAGCGGUAUGGUCUUUACAGCCACGCACUGGCCAGCGCCAUGUUUAAAUGAAUGUGAAAUGCAGCAGUAAAAACGCAGACUUUUCGUUCGGAAGCAGCAGCAGCAACUAACGAGUGUCUGCACUCGACUGUGUGUGUUGCAGUCUUGCCAAUCUCCAGGCGGCCUUUGUUAUCGCCUCUUGCCACGACCUUUGAACGCUCCCUGUUUAAUUUGUAAGGGUCACCUCAGCUUCACGAACAAGAGGACAUCGGCGGAGAGAUUUUUUAAGCGAGUCCAGCAACUGGCCUCACCAAACCCAGUUUCUUCAAAGUCAUGCCGCGUGAGGGCACGCUCUACUCUUCAGGUCUCGGGGUCACUCUUCUCGAUAGCAAGGCUGGAAUCCUGCUGCUGUUCCUUGGACAUGAACGCCAAUACGGUUUGUGCAGGCCACAGCGUUAAGAAUCCUUUAACGUAGAUUCCAGGGCAAUUGGAUUCGACAAAAACGUCACUAGUUUCCACGGAUGACUUUUAUUGGAUCGCUGAGGUCAAUAUUAGUUGGUCACUUGAGCUGAACUGACUUCGAAGUGCCAGCAGACAAUGUUGAGCAGCAUUCGAAAGGUGCGGUCUCUUAGUCGCCCCCCCCCCCCUCCUCAAUGUUGAGCGGUUGCGUAUCAUCUCUCCCCAUUGAUGAGUUCCUGCAUCUGGGGAUGUGUUGCUCAGCGUUAGUGCUUUGAUUGGUUCCCCAUGUUCAUAUCCAUUGUAUAUUAUUAUUAUUAUUAUUAUUAUUGUCUAGUUUACUUCCAUAAAGCCCGAAGCAUUUUGGUUGUCACUGCUUAUUUAUCAAAUUCUAUUUAUUGCUGAUUUUAAGCAUUUUAUGUUGUAUUUAUCUUUUCAUGAAACAAUAGUAUAUUUAUGAUCUCCAUAAUCGCAAGAUUGUGAAGCAAGUUUUUUUUUUACAGUAAUAGAUUUCACUGCAAUGACAUUUUUGUUCCCAUUUGUCUUUGUUUUGAAACGAUCUCAAUUUCAAGCAAAAUGCAGAAAGGUGUAGCAUUUGUAUUCCUCCUCCCGCACGUUGCGAUCCGAAGGCACAAAUGCACCGCCGGCUCCACGCAGUCAUGCGCGCUGGUGCGGGUGGCGUUCAGGUAGAAUUUUGCACUAAAUAGUCGCUAAAUGGCAUUCUUAUACCUCUUCACAUACAUCUACAUAAGAGAACGAUAUUAGACGUUAUACAUUAGUACGGUAGUUUUAUUACAUAUGAGCCCAGUUUACUGAACCACCUGCACGGUGCAUUGACAAAUCCUGCAUAGAGUAUGAUUUAGGCCCGGAGAAUGUAGACUGGUUCUGGAAAAGUCCUGUCCUCACACCAGUAACGUUUUAUUAGGUUUCAGUUACGCGACGCAUCACGGAGUCAGUCAGGCGAUUAGAGAAAGAUCUGUUUGCUAAUUUUUGGAGCAAAAUAAGUUGCCUUGCCUUUUUCCCCCGAUCACGCACAGACGUACCAGCACUUUUUGUCUCCAUGACGAUGACGACGAUGAUGAUGAUGUAAAGGUUAUUCUUGACCACUCUUUCCCAUGAAGUGCCUACAAAAAAUAUAUAUACAUUCCAGGUUUCCCAAUUGUUGUGCCUUCCUAUUUUUUGUACGGUAUGACUGCUAAAAGCCUAAAAUGUAUUCCUGCAGGUAAGGGGUUAACGGCAUUGCAACGCAGCUGCUGCUGUUUCACUGCAGUAGCGUCUUUUGUGACGACAGAGUUGCAGUUCAAAACCAAUAAAACGUGUUCAUAUUG